CAAAAAUAUACAAAAAAAAAAAAAAGAAAAAAAAAAAUAAAAAUAGAAGAAAAAAAGAAAAAUCGUCCAAUAUAAUCAACGAUCUGUUCUCAUUUAUAUACGUCGAUUAUCAUCGUCGUUUAUUCUUCGAUUCGUCGAUUAUAUAGUUUCGUGUAUUUUUCGACGAAAAGAGUGAGACAGAGAGUGAGAGAAGGAGAAAGAGAGAUUUAAAAUCGUAUGUACGCGAGAAGUGAUCGCACCUCGAUUGAAUUUCGAAACCGGUUGAAACCGUAGCCAUUGGACAUCGUCGAAAAGGGCUAAGAGAACCGGUAAGAGAAAGGACGGAAGGAGAAAGGACGUUUACGAUUUGAAAGAAGAAAUAUAAAUUUGUUUUUUCUUUUUUUUUUUUUUUUUUUUUUGUAUUCACUCGAUAAUCAUUUGACGUUUGGAAAACGCUGCUUGGGAUCGUUCGAGAAGAGAACCAAGAAAAUGCUAAUUUGAACAGAUGAUAAAUUGUAAUAAUUAAAAAAAAAAAAAAGAAAAAGAAAAAAAAAGGGACGAUUAAUCAUAAAAAAAAAACGAAGUAAUAAUCCUUAUAUGAAUUUCAUGACAGAAGAAGAUAAGAUCAAGAGAUUAAUCUAAGAUGGGAUACGGUACAGAGAUGGACGGCUGCGGCCGUUUUAUGAAGUACUCAUUGUUCUUUACAAAUUUCAUCAUCUUCAUCGGUGGUAUCGUUAUAACUGGCUUAGCGAUAUGGGCAUUUGUCGAUAAAGUACCUUGGAUAGGCGAAUUGGUGGGAAACGAUUUGUUGACAGGUGCUAUUUAUGUAUUAUUAGCUGGUGGAAUUUUGGUAGCUAUUAUCGCUUUCUUUGGAUGCGUUGGUGCGUCGCGUGAAGUCAAAUGUAUGCUGGUCACAUAUUUCAUAAUCGUGUUUUUAUUAUUCGUGACGAUGCUAAUUGGCGGUGUUCUCGGCUAUGUGUUCCGUGAAAAAUUAUUGAACACAUUGGAACGUGAAAUGUCCGGUAGCCUGAGAUUAUAUGAUCAUCGCAAAUCUAUCCGUGAUGCUUGGGAUACUACGCAGAGUCAGCUCCAUUGUUGCGGUGUAUAUACCUGGAGAAAUUGGGGAGUUCAUGGUCUCCUUGUGCCACAAAGUUGUUGUCGCGAAGUUCAACCCGGACAGCGAUUUAACUGCAGUUCCGGUACUGACACAGUAAAUCCAUCGAACGCUUAUCUGGAAGGUUGCCUAAACAGAACGCAAGUUUAUAUGCAACAGCAUGCAGCCGUUAUGGGUGGCGCUGGUAUUGCUGUUGCGUGUCUCAUGUUCUUUGGCAUGAUAUUCUCUUGUGCAUUAUUCAAGAUGAUAGAAUGACAAAGCAAUGACUACUACGUGUAAAAAAAACAUCCCGUGGGUAUUCUUUUGAUCCAGACAAGCACGGAAGAUAAUGAAAAUUUCCAACGCAUACUCGACGAUUUUUUUUCUCUUAUAAAUCACGCGACGAUAGAUCUUUAUCAUCGUCAUUAAUAAAUCUGCCUCCGUGUAUAUCUCAAUAACAAAUUCUCGUCAUUCGUUUUUUUAUUCUUCUACAAUUCUUAUCAAAUCAU